UUCCAUGAAGCAGAAGAAAACAAAAUAAUUGAAGAGCAAACCAACAAAAACGUCGUGCAAAUGCACCCCCAAAAUCUUCAAUUUUAAGAACUCUUUUUCAUUUCCCCUCUGCAGUCUAUACCCCGCCAAUACCCAAACUGUGAAACGAUCGGAUACCGCCAUGACGACGCCUCCCAAAGCCGACUACUACGCCCCUUUACCAAUACACGUACCCCAAAGCUACGUCGUUUUAACCCCAUACUACCCCUCCCCCAACCGUGGCCGCUGCCGUAUGAUCUGCACCUUUUCACUAGUCCUCCUGGCGGCCAUGGUGUACCUCUUUUGGCCUUCCGAGCCGGACAUGAAGAUCGUACGGCUUCGGAUGAAGCGCAUUCACAUCCACACCGUGCCGCGCGUGGCCGUGGACAUUUCCAUGUUCGUGACAGUGCGGGUCCGGAACACCGACGUGUACUCCAUGGACUACAGGGCGCUUGAGGUGGCGGUUGGCUACAGGGGUAAGAAGCUGGGGCACGUGCGCUCGGAGCAGGGGCACGUGAGGGCCAGAGGGUCGUCCUACGUGGACGCCGAGCUGGACUUCGACGGGGUCGAGCUCCUGGCCGACCUGGUGCACCUUCUGGAGGACCUGGCCAAGGGUACGGUGCCGUUUGAUACUGUUACGAAAAUAGAAGCCCAGCUGGGCCUGCUCUUCUUUCAAGUCCCACUACUGGCAAAAGUAUCAUGUGAAGUGGUGGUAAAUACGAUGAAUCAGACCAUUGCCCGUCAAAAUUGCUAUGCUGAGUGAUGAUUAAGAUGUAGAGGGCAAAAGCUGAAAGGAGUGUCCCGCGCGUGUCCAAGUUCCCUCGGUUUGAAGCAUGGAUAGUCCAUGACAAUAUUCGGGUAUAUCACAUACCGGAUUCCUAUAUAUUUUGUAAUGAUAUGAUAAAUUAAAUACUCUAAUCUAGGGGGUGUAAAAAUACAUAUAUAUAUUUAUUUAUCAUCCGGUAGCCUAUUACCAUGUGUGAAGUAAAUAUUAUUCUUACUUUAAUACAAGUUUAAUUGUCUU